CUCAGAGGCAGGGGGACAGCCGUGGGGAGGGGACACGCUCCGCAGGGAAACAUUCCGGGCAGGGGAACAUCCCGGGAAAGGUGACACCCCGGGCAAAGGGACAUCCCGGGCAGAGGGACAUGGCUGGGAAGGGGAAUGUCCUGGGAAAGGGGAUACCGCGGCAAAGGGAUAAUCCCGGGCAAGGGAACACCGCGGGCAGAGAGCCUUCCCUGGAAAGGAGGACGUCCCGGGCAGAGGGACUUCCCUGGAAGGGAGGACGUCCAGGGAAAGGGGACAUCACGGGAAAGGGGACAUCCUGGGAAAGGGGACAUCCCGGGCAAGAGAACAACCCGGGCAGGCGGACACGGGGGACAGAGGGGACACGGACUCGUGUCCUGGGCCUGGGGGCACAGGGCUAGAGAGGAGAGGGAAGGGAAGAGCCUCGGCACAGACAGCGGCUCCCGGGACUGCGAGGGGACAGGAGGGGACACGGAGGCAACCGGGGAUCCGCAUCCCUGUCCUGGGAGCACAGGGCCAGCCUGGGAACACGGGAGGGACAGGAUGCUUGGUAGAGCGCAGGGAUGUCCCCGCCCGGGGACCCUGGGGACACCGUGGGGAGCAGCGCCGGGCUGUUGCCGGGUGACUGUUGCCACCCCGAGGUCCCCGGGCACACCCCGAAGGGCGGGCUCCCACUGGGGACACGGGGGAGGGUGACACAUUCGUGGAGGGUGGCAGCGGCAGGGACGGGCUCACGGCUGUCCCAUGUCCCCACUGGCCGUGCCGUGCCGUGCCACGCCAUGCCAUUCCCGGGGUGCCAUUCCCUGGGUGCCGCGCCGUGCCGCUCCCCGUGUCCCAUUCCAUGUCGUGCGGGGAGGUCGCGAAUAGCUCCCGGGGCCCGCCCUGACAUUUCUGCUCCGCGGUGUCAGUUUUACAGCCGGCCCCGGCUGACCCCGGGCUGGCCCCGUCCCUGCCCCCGGACACUUGUCCCCUGUCCCCCUCCCCGUCCCUCGCCCCGCUCCCCACCCCAGCCCCUUGGCCCCGUCUCCCGGCGGUGGCACUCCGGCCCCGCCACCCUCGCCCGCGCUGUCCCCUUCGCUCUACCACCUCCUUGGGUGUCCCGGUCCCCCCGGUGCCCCCGGUCCCGCCCCGCCCCGCCCCGCCCGAGCAGGACACGGCGGAGCCGCCACCGCCGGGACCGGAGCGGGCAGAGCCGCUGCGACAGCACCAGGACAGACCGACACCGACAGACACCGACAGACAGACACCGGCAGACAGACACCGGCAGACACCGGCACCGGCGCCCCCGUGUCACCAGGAUGCUCUCGACGUCGCAGCCGAGCCCGGAGCGGGUGCCCAGCCCGGAGGAGCAGGAGUGGGCCGGGCCCGAGGCGCUGUGCCCGGGCUGGCUGGAGGACGAGGCCCCCGAUGGCGAAGUGCCCGGGGACAGCGGGGACCCCGACGGUGCCACCCACGCCUACGAGCGGCUCCAGAGCGCCCUGCGCCAGGAGGGGCUGCCCCCCACGCUGGACUGCUCCGCGGAGCCCCGCACGGGAUUUGGCCCGCUGGACAUGACCGUUUGCAUCCUGGGCUCCCCCACCCCCUUCCUGCCCAUCCUGCUGGAGGGUGGCACCCGCUGCCCAGGUGCCAUGGUGCUGUGCCUGUCCCCCGCCUGGGCCAGCCGGGUGCCAUCGGAGUCGUCCCCAGGCGCCUGGUCCCUGCUGCUCUCCCGGGGCGUCUCCUUCAGGGCGGGGGGGCACAGCGCCCUGGAGACCUUCGUGCCCCCGCGCCGCGCCAACUAUGUGACGGGCACCUUCGCACCGGGGGACCCCGAGGGCGGCUGGGUGGGCGAGCUGGCCCGUGACCUCGACUGCCCCACGGGGGGCUCGGUCCCGCUCGCCCACCGCCUCGAGGACACGCUGGUCACCCGCUGGGUGCUGGCGGCUCGCGCCAGCCUACCCGUGCCCCCCACGCUGGCCUUUGUCCUGGGGGCCAGGGGGGACCUGCCCGCCGAGCCCGUGGCCCCCGGGGUGAGGCUGGUGCGGCUGCAGGACCUGCAGGCCCAGCAGAGCCUGGUGCAGGAGGAGGUGGGCGCCUUCCUGGGGGGCACCGCCAUGGAGCCCUACGGCCAGGUGGUGGUGCGGCCGGCCGGGUGGCGGUGGCGGGGGACAGGCACCCGCAGCACCCACAGGAAGGAGGAGGGGGCGGCGGUGGCGCAGGCGGUGGGUGCCCGGCUCCAGGGGCUGACGGAGGAGGACAGCGUCCUGCUGGAGGCCAUGGUGCCCACCGCCCGCCUGCCCGUGCCCCCCCCACGCAGCCCAGCCCCGCGGCUGCCCAUGGCCCUGCGCAUCUGCACCCUCGUCUGCAGGUCCUGGGGGGACCGGCCCCAGCUCUGCCAGGUGGCCUGCGCCGUGGGACGCGCGGAGAGCCCGGUGCGUCACGGCGCGGCGCUGCCCCAGGGCCUGGACUCCAGCCUGCAGCAGUGGGGGGUGGUGGCCCCCAGCCAGCGCCAGGCGCUGGCCACGCGGCUGCGGGAGGCCACCGAGGCCGCCGCGGCCGCUCUCCUGGCCAGCGAGGCCGAGCUGAGCCCGCGGCAGCGCGGCGGCGGCCGAGCCUGCACCGACAUCCUGGGCGUGGACUUCCUGCUGGCGAGCGUGGAUGAGGCGCUGGAGCUGGUGGCCCUGGCCGCGAACGGGCAGCGGUGCCUGGAGACCUGCGCGCUGGCCGAGGCCAUGGGGCGCGGCGUGGGCCAGCCCCGCGGGGAGCUGCCGCGCCUGCUGGCCGAGGCGCUGCUGCACCGGGCGCAGCGACACCUGGUCGAGGGCAAGGACAUCCUGCUCAUCGGGGCCGGGGGCGUCAGCAAGAGCUUCGUGUGGGAGGCGGCCCGCGACUACGGGCUGAGGAUCCACCUGGUGGAGUCGGACCCGGAGCACUUCGCGGCGGGGCUGGUGCACACCUUCCUGCCCUACGACAGCCGGGAGCACCGGCGCGACGAGGAGCACGCCGAGCGGGUGCUGGAGCUGCUGCGCUCCCGCGGGCUGCGGCCCCACGCCUGCCUCUCCUACUGGGACGACUGCGUGGUGCUGGCGGCCCUGGUGUGCCAGGGGCUGGGGCUCCGCGGCCCCGCGCCCGCCGCCGUGCGGGUGGCCAAGCAGAAGAGCCGCACGCACCGGCACCUGCAGCGCUGCCGCCGCGGCCGGGCGGCGGGCGCCGUGCCCUUCCCCGCCGUGGCCAAGCUGGAGUUCGGCGCGGGCGGCGUGGGCGUGCGGCUGGUGGAGGACGCCGGGCAGUGCCACGCUCACGCCGCCCGGCUCUGGAGGGACCUGCGCGACGACGCCGACCACCCGGGCAUCGGGCUGGGCUGGGGCAACGCCAUGCUGCUCAUGGAGUACGUGCCGGGCACCGAGCACGACGUGGACCUGGUGGUCUUCGAGGGGCGGCUGCUGGGCGCGUGGGUGUCGGACAACGGCCCCACGCGUGUCCCCGCCUUCCUGGAGACGGCGGCCUGCCUGCCCUCGUGCCUGCCCGCCGACCGGCAGGCGCAGCUGGUGCGGGCGGCGCUGCAGUGCUGCCGGGCGUGCGGGCUGCGCGACGGCGUCUUCAACGUGGAGCUCAAGCUGGGCCCGGCGGGGCCGCGCCUGCUGGAGAUCAACCCCCGCAUGGGGGGCUUCUACCUGCGCGACUGGAUCCGCGAGGUCUACGGCCCCGACCUGCUGCUGGCCGCCGUGCUGGUGGCGCUGGGCGUGCCGCCCGUGCUGCCCGCCCGGCCCGCGCCCCGCACGCACCUGGCCGGGGUGAUGUGCCUGGCGUCCGAGCACGGCGACAGCCUGGCGGCCGGCGGCGGCAUGCGGGCUCUGCGGGAGCUGCACGGCCGCGGGCUCGUCCGCCUCAACCGGCUCUUCGAGGAGCCCGAGGGGGCCGGCGAGUACGAGGAGCCGCUGCUGAGCGUGGCAUGCGCCGGGGCCACGCUGGCCGAGGCCUGCGAGCGCCUGCUGGGGCUCUGCCAGGGGCUGGGCAUCGACUCCCCGCGGUAUCCCGUGGAGCAUUUCUUGUCCCACUUCAAAUAGCGCCGGGCAGGCAGCGGGGACGGCGGGGGAAUGGGUGCCCCGGCACCCGCUCCCGCCGCCCCGCCGCCCCUCCCCGGCAUCCCCCGGAACCCCCAUCCCGUGGCCUGGCAUGCCAUGUCCUGGCACCCCCGUACCGCCCCGGAUCAGUCACCGGGCCUGCCACCCCAUUGCCUGGCACUCCCCUUCCUCCUGGCACUCCAUCCCCUGGCAUCCCCUCGCUCCCCUGGCAGCCCAUCCCCCGGCAUCCUGACAUCCCAUCCACUGGGAUCCCCCUGUUAACCCGGCACUCCAUCCCCUGGCAUGCCCCGACUCUCCUGGUGCCCAUCCCCUGGCAUCUUGAAACCCCCUCUCCUGGCACCCCCCACACUACUGUGACACCCCAAUCCCCGGCAUGCCCCAUGUCCUGGCACCACAUUCCCUGGCAUCCCCAUCCAUCCUGGCACUUCAUCCUUCCACCGCACUGACACCCCCUCUCCCAGUCCAGGCACCCCAUCCCCUGGCAUCCCUCCAUUACCCUGGCACCCCAUCCCCGGCUUCCCAGCGUCCCUCCCUGUCCCCCUGUCCUGUCCCUGCAGUCUCUACCCCCUGUCCCUGGGGGUGCCAUGCCUGGGGACACACGGGGGGACACUGUGCCAUCCCCAGGGUGGGGCAGCCAGGACCCCCAGUGCACCCAGGCCACCCCACAGAGCAGCAGGUGAAGCGUGAGGUGUGCUGGCACCUGCUGGCACGGGGAGACCCUGCAGCAACAAACCGUUAUGGGGGGACCCCAUAAUGACAAAGAAUUAUUGGGACACCCCACAGCAACAAAGAAACGUGGGGAGACCCCGCGAUAACACACCCGCAAGGGGAGACCCCACAGGAGCAGACUGAGGUGGGGACACCCCACAGUGACACCCUCCAAGGGAAGAUCCUACAAUAACAAACGGGGAGACUCCACAGUAGCAAAGCAGUGUGGGGACACCCUACAGCAGCACACCCUGAAAGGGAGACCCCACGAUAACAAACUGGCACGGGGAGACCCUACAAUGAUAGACCUGCACCAGGGAACCCUACAGCAACAGAGGGGCACCCAGGGAUUCCCUGGAGAAAAUCCUUUGGGAAGACUUGUGUGACGUGAUAUAGGGCUGUCACUGGGGAGGCCCUACAGUAACACCAGUGACUCUACACCAACACCCAGCCCCUGAAAUGUCUGAGAUCCUACAAAAACACCAGGGACCCUAUGCUAACACAGAGCCCUUUAGUGCCCCUGACCCUACAAUAACAGCUGUGACCCCACAAUAACACCCAGAUCCUGCAGCCCUCACGGCCCUACAAUAACACCAGAGACCCUACAAUAACACAGAGCCCCUGAGGUGCCUGCAAUAACACACAGCCACUGCAGUGCCUGACACCCUCCAAUAAACCCCAGCCCCCGUAGUGCCCCUGACCCUACAACAACACCAGCGACCCUACAACAACACCCAGCCCCCGUAGUGCCCCUGACUCUACAAUAACACCGGCGACCCUACAACAACACCCAGCCCCGCAGUGCCCCUGACCCUACAACAGCACAGAGACCCCCCAAGAGCACGCAGCCCCCCGGUAACAGCGGUGACCCCACAAUCACCCCGGUGACCCCACAACCACCCCGGUGUCCCGCAGCCCCACUCGUGCCCUCCGACCCCGCGGAAACCCGGACCGGGAUCUCCGCCCGGGGUCACCGGGGUGUCCCCCUCUCUUCCUGCCCCCUCCUCUGACGUCACGGCGGCGCCGCUGACGUCAGCGCGGCGCAGGGGGCGGGUCCCCUUUACCGGGAUCCCCAGUAAAGGCUGUGAGCGGC